GAACACCCAGUCAUGGAUAAAAACGAGCUGGUGUAGAAGCCCAAACUGGCUGUACUCGGCUGAGCCAUGUGAUGAUAUGGCACCUGCAUGAAGUCCAUAACUGAGCAAGGAGCUGAAUUAUCCAAUGAGGAGAGGAAUCUUCUCUCAGUCAUUCAUAAAAAUGUCAUAGGAGCCCGUAGGUCAUCUUGGAGGGUCAUCUCAAGUAUUGAACAAAAGACAGAAGGUGCUGAGAAAAAACAGCUUGAGAAUACAGAGAGAAAAUUCGACCUAACUAAGAGAUAUCUGCAAUAUGUACUGUUUCUUUUGGAAAAGUUCCUGAUUCCCAGUGCUUCACAAGCAGAGAGCAAAGUCUUGUAUUUGAAAAUGAGAGGAAGCUACUACCAUUACUUGGCUGAGGGUAAUGACAAGGAAGGGAUCGUGGAUCCAUCACAGAAAGCAUACCAAAAAGCUUUUGAAAUCAGCAAAAAGGAAAUGCAGCCAACGCAUCCUACCAGAUUGGGUCUGGCCCUUACCUUCUCUGUGUGCUAUGAUGAGAUUCUGAACUCCUCAGAGAAGCCCUGCUCUCCUGCAAAGACAGCUUUUGAGGAGGCCUAUAUUAGGCCAUUUCUGUUAAGUGAAGAAUCACACAAAGACAGCAUGCUAAUAAUGCAAUUACUGAGAGACAGCUUAACAUUAUGGACCUCGGACACCCAAGGAGACGAAGCUGAAGCAGGAGAAGAGGAAAAUUAA